CAUUCGUCAGGAGCGGAGUUCGGUUCCGGUGGCAGGGCGUUCGGGGGAGCAGCGCUUGAACUUGGCCAUCUCCGCGGGAUGAGUUCGGGGACUCUCAGACGGAAGCCGCGGCCGGCGACUAGCUGACCUCCCCCCGGCUGGUUUUGGUCGCCGCCCCAGUCUUCAGAAGAGGAGCCACAGCCGCAGGAUGCGCGGGGACACGCCGCUCCCGACGCCCAGUUCGGCGGGCGCUUCCCGGGCGGCUCCGGGCCCCUGACGCUCCGGGGUGCGCUCGCCCUCCCGCCUCCGCUCUCCGAGCUUCUCGGGGUGCCCUCGGAUCGACCGCAGGACCCCAACGCUCGCCCCGAGGGCCCCACCCAGACCCGCGCCUCUCGCCCUCUCCACGGCGCGCACAAUAAAUUAAUGCUUCGCGCUUGAGGGGAGGAGGCGGCGGGCACCGCGGUCGCUGCUCUCGCCUGGCUGGAGACGCUUUCAGCCGUCAUGGGCUGUUUCUGCGCCGUUCCGGAAGAAUUCUACUGCGAAGUUUUGCUUCUAGACGAGUCCAAGCUCACCCUCACCACCCAGCAGCAGGGUAUCAAGAAGUCAACAAAAGGUUCUGUUGUCCUUGACCAUGUUUUCCGUCACAUAAACCUCGUGGAAAUAGAUUAUUUUGGGCUGCGAUACUGUGACAGAAGCCAUCAGACAUACUGGCUGGAUCCAGCAAAAACUCUUGCGGAACACAAGGAGCUAAUCAACACUGGACCUCCAUAUACUUUGUAUUUUGGUAUUAAAUUCUAUGCUGAAGAUCCAUGUAAACUAAAAGAAGAAAUAACCAGAUAUCAGUUUUUCUUACAGGUGAAGCAAGAUGCCCUUCAGGGCCGGCUGCCCUGCCCUGUCAACAUUGCUGCUCAGCUGGGAGCAUAUGCCAUCCAGGCUGAACUUGGAGAUCAUGACCCUUAUAAGCAUACUGCAGGCUAUGUGUCAGAGUACCGGUUUGUUCCCGACCAGAAGGAAGAGCUGGAAGAAGCCAUAGAGCGGAUCCAUAAGACUCUAAUGGGCCAGGCUCCCGCUGAGGCCGAGCUGAAUUACUUGAGGACCGCUAAAUCCCUGGAGAUGUACGGUGUUGACCUCCAUCCUGUCUACGGAGAAAACAGGUCUGAGUAUUUCUUAGGAUUAACUCCGGUGGGUGUUGUUGUCUAUAAGAAUAAAAAGCAAGUGGGGAAGUAUUUCUGGCCCCGGAUUACAAAGGUGCACUUCAAGGAAACCCAGUUUGAACUCAGAGUCCUGGGAAAAGAUUGUAACGAAACCUCCUUCUUUUUUGAAGCUCGAACCAAAACUGCUUGCAAGCACCUCUGGAAGUGCAGUGUGGAGCAUCAUACAUUUUUUAGAAUGCCAGAAACAGAGUCAAAUUCAUUGUCAAGAAAACUCAGCAAGUUUGGGUCCAUAAGUUAUAAGCAUCGGUACAGUGGCAGGACAGCUUUGCAAAUGAGCCGAGAUCUUUCUAUCCAACUUCCCCGACCCAAUCAGAACGUGGUGAGAAGUCGAAGCAAGACUUACCCCAAGAGGGUAGCACCAACUCAGCCAGCUGGAUCGAACAACAUAAAUAGGAUAACUGCAAACACGGAAAAUGGAGAGAAUGAAGGAACAACUAAAAUUAUCGCACCUUCACCGGUGAAAAGUUUUAAGAAAGCAAAGAAUGAAAACAGCCCUGAUACCCAAAGAAGCAAAUCUCAUGCCCCGUGGGAAGAAAACGGGCCCCAGAGUGGACUCUAUAAUUCUCCCAACGACCGCACCAAGUCACCCAAGUUUCCCUGUACCCGCCAGCGCAACCUCUCCUGUGGCAGUGACAAUGACUCUUCGCAGCCAAUGAGGCGAAGGAAAGCUCAUAACAGUGGCGAGGACUCAGACCUAAAGCAGAGGAGAAGGUCACGCUCACGCUGUAACACAAGCAGUGGUAGUGAAUCGGAAAAUUCUAACAGAGAGCACCGGAAAAAGAGACACAGAAUACGGCAGGAGAAUGACAUGGUUGAUUCAGCGCCUCAGUGGGAAGCAGUAUUAAGGCGACAGAAGGAAAAAGCCCAAGUGGAUCCUAACAACAGGCGAUCCAGACACAGAUCUCGCUCAAGAAGCCCUGAUAUCCAAGCAAAAGAAGAGCUAUGGAAACACAUCCAGAAGGAACUUGUGGACCCAUCAGGAUUGUCAGAAGAGCAGCUGAAAGAGAUCCCGUACACUAAAGUGGAGACUCAGGGUGACCCAGUCCGCAUCAGGCAUUCACAUUCUCCACGGAGUUACAGGCAGUACCGCCGAUCCCAGUGUUCAGACGGAGAGCGGUCGGUUCUCUCAGAAGUGAACUCAAAAACAGAUCUUGUCCCACCACUUCCAGUGACCCGUUCCUCAGACGCUCAGGGGUCUGGUGGCUGCACAGUGCAUCAGAGAAGAAAUGGGUCCAAAGACAGCCUGAUUGAAGAAAAAUCUCAGCUAGCUACAAUCAAUCUGGCUGGAAAACAUACUGCAAAAACAAUAAAAACUAUCCAGGCUGCCCGCCUCAAGACAGAGACUUGACCUGGUUAAGGGCAAAGGGUGGGAAUGGAAAUGCUGUGUCCCACUGCUGCUUUUGAAACUGUGAAUUAGAUAACUGUCCACUUGUCUCGGACAUGUGUCUUUAGCGUAAGAAAAUAAAUUUUUAAAGGGCUUAGGCCCAGCAUUUUUGUGCUGUAGGACCUUUUGACUGGAAGGACAUCAUGAACUCACUGGAAGCUAGUCUUACCUGAAAUCUAUCCAACUCAUCUCCACCACAGCCAAGACGAGAUGCCCUGAACUCCUCCUGGCCUACAGACUGUCAUGAGUUAUUCCCAUAAAGCUGUUUGUAAUAUUGUAUUUUGUGGCAUUAAGUCCCAGUGCUUAUUUACAAAUAUUGUAAAAAGCUGUUAAGUGUUGAUUUGAA